AUGGAUGAGGACAACGAUCGAUAUCCGCUCCAUACCGCGGCGCGCGAAGGGAAAGUGGCCAAGGCGGAAGGGCUUCUCAAGACGGACCCAAAGCUCUCGCAGAAAAGAGAUGACGACGGUCGGUAUGCCAUCCACUGGGCCGUCUCCUCCAACAACCUGGACAUUGUUGUCCUUUUAGUCAACCACCCUGCCUUCGAUCCGGAUGUGCAAGAUGGCAGCGGCUGGACCCCGCUGAUGAUAUCGGCGAGCGUCCCCAACGGCGAAGCGGUCCUCAAGAUGCUGCUCCAGAAGGGCGCCAACGUGAAUGAGAAGAACAGCAACGGUCAAAGCGCCCUUCACUUUGUCGCCUCCAAAAAGAACAUGGACAUCGCUCGAAUGCUUAUUGAGGCGAAGCCAGCCGCCUCGACUCGCAUCCGUGAUCGUCGUGGGCAGUACCCAAUUCAUCGUGCUGCCGCGGCUGGCUCGGAGCCCAUGGUGAACUUGCUGCUCCAAAACAUGAGCCCGCUCAACCCGACGGACGACGAGGGGUAUACGCCGCUGCACCACGCCGUUGCCGAGGGACACGGUGAUGUGGCUGUGGCAUUGCUGAAACAUGGAGCCGAUUUCGGUAUCAAGAACAGGGCAGAGGAGCUGGCACUCGAUCUAGCACCAGACAAGGAGGUACGCUUGUAUAUCAUACAAGGAGCGGAAAGGGAAGGCGUCGACCUCUCCCUGUAG